UCGAAAGAUGCAGGCGGCGUUGCCCAUAUGCGUUGUGAAGUCGUAGGCGAUCCUCCUCCGACGAAGAUACGAUGGUUCAAGAAUGAAGCCCCAUUAGAAGAGGACCGUCCAAAAAUCACCAUUAGAAAAAUACACGCACAAAUACACGAGCACGCAGCGAAAAAUCUGGCCGGCAGUCGAUUAAAAAUCACGAAUUUGGACGUUUCUGAUGUUGGUUUCUAUACUUGUCGCGUCACUAAUGGCAAGGAUCAAAUUCAAAGCGAGGGAACUCUGCGAGUCGAUUCCUCGAAGAAAUGGCAAGCUCCUGUACAUCCUGAACAUUCUAUGGGGCAAUCAUCGGGCACCGAUAGACUUUCUACGGGAACGCGGUCGAGUUUUAUCGAUGGCUUGGGAAAUGGGGACACGCUAGAUAUCUCAGGAAAUGGAAUGUCCACACCUCCCCAUCUAGCGUCCGCAAAUCCGUUCAGCAUACUCUCGUCGAACCCGCAACCAACCAGCUCACAAUCUAGCACGAUGGAUUUUCAUACAAUCAGCGGCCUUAAUAACGGCAAUAUACAAUUUCCACCCAACAUGAACUUUGAUGAAAUGUCAGGUAUAAGUUCCAGCUCGGGCAGAAAGGACAAUCAUAGAGGAACUUGCGAGGUGUACGUAGGGAAAACUUGCGCGCAAUUUGUAGGUAAUCAAUCGGUUUACAUUAUGUAUCCUAUGACGCAGAAGAUGCUGGAGGAAAAAUUAAUGAAAGCAUUUCAAGUUAUCAAUUUCUCAAACGAACUCUCGUCAAAUUGCGAAGGAUACGCGAAGCCGUCUCUUUGCUAUUCCGCCUUUCCGAUAUGUCGCGAUCCAUCCAACGCUCAAAAGCCGAAGAACGCGGAGGCGAGUACGCAGCUCUUCAAUCUCCUAAACUCCAAGCAGAACGACCUAUUGGAUGACGGAGAUCGCGACGAUACCGACGAUUUUGCGAGGCUGCAUGGCAUUCCAAAGAAACGUAGUCCCACGUUAGGUCCGAUUUUCGACUUCAUGCCCAAUGGGCACGAAGAUGGCAAAUCGAGCAACAAGAAGAUAAUCAAUCAGAGUUACGGAGACACGCGAUCCUCCAGCAGAAACGAGAUUAAUCGCAAACUACGAAGGAUAUGUCGGGAGGAGUGUGAAAUGCUGGAGAACGAGCUGUGCAGGAAGGAGUACGCGAUAGCGAAAAGGCAUCCGUUAAUCGGGCAUCAAGUGCCUUUGGUUGAAUGUUCUGAUUUACCACUGGAGGGGACGACGGACGCCCGCGAUUGCCUAACGCUCGGAUUGUCCGCAGUGAAUAACGUACAAGAAAACGAUUACUGCUACUGGGGUAGCGGGAAAUCCUAUCGGGGAACCGUGAAGACGAGUGCCAGCGGCAGGCAGUGUUUACGGUGGUCGCAUCACUUCAAUCUCCCGAUUUCUGAUUAUCCCGAGUUAGCCGGGCGUCAUUCCUAUUGCCGGAACCCUGGCGGGAAGGAAUCUCAACCAUGGUGUUACGUUGAUGUCAAUAACAGAAUGCAAAAGGAGUUUUGCAAUAUACCUAAAUGUGUUGAAAAUUUAUGGAUUUACGCGGUCGUUGGUUUUGUACUGACGGGAGGAUUUGUUAUUAUAUUAGUUUGUUAUUGCUGCUGCUACAGAAGUAGAAAGUCCAGAAGACAAAUGAAUCAUUUACCGUCGAAUAAGAUGUUGACUGGUAUCCAGUGCGAUAAGAAUAUAUACGACGGAAGGAGGAGCACGACACAGCCCAUGGAAAUGAGUUCUCUCUUGGCAGGGCCUGGUAACACGACACCGGGCACUGGCACUCUAAGCAGCGGCAGUAGUAGGACUUCUAAUAAUAGGAUACCGCAAUUCACUACAAAUAACGUCGUGCUCUUGCAGGAACUCGGCGAAGGUGCUUUCGGAAAAGUUUACAAGGGCGAAUUGCAAACUGGUAACAAGUGCGAGCCGUCCAUUUACGUAGCCGUGAAAACGCUGAAGGAGAACGCGACACCGAAGACGCAGAGCGACUUCAAGAGGGAGGUCGAACUCAUGACGGAUCUCAGGCACCCGAACAUCAUUUGCCUGCUCGGCGUGAUACUAAAAGGCGAGCCGAUGUGCAUGCUCUUCGAGUACAUGACUCAGGGAGAUCUGCACGAGUUUCUGAUCUGCCAUUCCCCGAGAUCGGACGUCCCGUUGAACAACAGUGGAGCGAAAAUUCUAGAACAGCCGGAGUUCCUGCAUAUUGCUCUGCAAAUCGCUUCUGGUAUGGAAUACUUGGCCAGCCAUCACUACGUUCACCGUGACCUGGCAGCGAGAAAUUGCCUAGUGGGUGACAAUCUGACGGUCAAGAUCUCCGACUUCGGCCUGUCGCGGGACAUAUACAGCAGUGACUACUACAGAGUGCAGUCCAAGAGUUUGCUACCCGUACGAUGGAUGCCGCCCGAGUCCAUUCUUUACGGUAAAUUCACCACCGAGUCGGACGUGUGGAGUUUCGGCGUGGUACUCUGGGAGAUCUAUAGCUAUGGUUUGCAGCCAUACUACGGAUACAACAAUCAGGAGGUGAUAGACAUGAUCCGCUCGCGGCAGCUGCUGCCGUGUCCCGAGGACUGCCCGACGAUGAUCUACAGCCUGAUGAUCGAGUGCUGGCACGAGGUGGCGAAUCGCAGGCCGCAGUUCCCGGAGAUACACCACCGGCUGCACAAUUGGUACAUCAAUCAGACCUACCUGAGCGACUUCUGCAACGAAUCUAUCACCAGUUACUCCGGCAGCAGCCACAAGAGCACGAACAAGACCAACUCGACGCAACUGUCGGCACCGAUAUACAAGAGCGACCAGAAACCGGAACCAGCGACCGUCUGCAAUCUCAACGAUCACAGCAGCGCGAUGAAGAUGCUACCGCCGAUAAGUACCUUCCAGAAUUCGAACUGCGUCGAGCAGAGGCCGAAUUGCGCUUUCAACGAGCACGGAACGCCAAUGAAGACGCCCAAUCCCGCCGCGAACGUCAACCUGAACGACGUUUACGACGACAAGCAGUGCUGCUCGCCCAAGUUGAGCGGCGCGAAGAAGGUCCUGCCGGCGAUAAUACCGCAAGUAGGCGCGACCAAGCCGAUCGUGCCGUGCAACGGUCCGAGGCCGAUGCAGAACGGCGCGCAGUUAGUCGUCAGGUUACCGGAUCCUAGCAAAGUGACGACUGAGACGAGGGUGUCGAAGUGAAUGACUUCGCUCGCGGUCGCGAUCGAUAUUUCUCGUACAGCCGCUGCCGCUGUAUGACGUGCCGUCAACGUCGGUAAAGGCGUAUGCGUGUCUUCAUGGCGCUAUCGGAUACUUUUCUGAACGGUAUCGAGCGAACGGAGAGCUGCUACACCACUUGCUAACCACAGUAUACAUGCAUUUAUUUAUACAUAUACAUAUACAGUAUUUAUUUAUAUAAAUUAUUAUAUACACGUAUUUUAUAUUCGUCGUUUAUUUCGGAUGGCAUGUAACGCGUAUCUCUACAAUGCUAUAUUGGAUACUCUUGUCGGUAGUAUCGGACGAUCCGAGUAGAUAUAGAGAGCUGCCACAAUACCUACUUGCUCUGCCAUGUACGAAUAUUUAUUUAUUUUUACAAAUAUACACGUAUUUUGUAUUAUUCUUUAUUUCAGAUGGUGUAUCUGUAAUGAUACACACACACACACACACACACACACAAUGUAUAACAUAGUUUAAUACAUACGUAUGCAGGAAAUGAUCGGACAUCAUGCUCUGACACGAUUCCAUUUGCGAAAUUUUUGAAGCACAUGCUCUUCAUUUUUAUGAGAAAAUAUAGAUAGAUUUUAUCAAAAACCAUCAGUGAAUACAUUUAUAGUUUACAUCUUUAUCAGUGUGAGAAGCAAUCGAUUCUCCUUCAUUUCUCAAAAAAAAGAAACUAUGAAACAAUGCGUCAACGGGUGUUGAUAUCCAUAUUAAAAAAAUCAGUGUUUAAUUGUGCAUGCUCUGUCCAAAGAGUAUAAUACUAUAUGGAAUACAUUGUUAUGCUCCAUAUACAUAUAAAGCAUACCUUACGGAAUCACGUUUUUUCAAAUAAUCUUUAUAGAAGAACUGUUCAAAAUGAAUCGAAUAUGCGAGUAUGCGUGAUCGAAUAUAUAUUGUAAUAAGCGAGCGAGAGCGAGAGGGAAAGAGAGUGAGAAUAAUAAAAGUGUGACCGAGAGUUGUAAAUGCGUGAGUGCGUGUUUUGAAUAUGUAUGUUAAUAUGUUUUCUAAAAAGCAAUUUUUAUAAUCACCAUAUCGUAUGCCAAAAUCCGGAUAGUGAAUAUCGACUGUUAACAAAAAAAGGUACAUUCAACUUGUACAUUUUUAUAAUGACCGCAUAUGUAUUUUUCAUCUGUAAAUCUUUGAGGUCGUCCUUUUAACCGGAAGCAUAAUUUAUUGCUGCAAUUGUACUAUAUAUAUUGAUUUGAUUACGUUCUACAUAAAGCGCCUGGCGCUGAUACGGAAACGUGAGAGUGAAUUAAUUUAUUACGGCGUCCAUGGCUUCCCUGUGUCGCAACGCGCGCGUUGUGAGAGUAUGUCCACGGAUACUUGAUAUUAGCAAUAAUUAAAUAUCGCUGACGAGAGAGAUUAUUUACCACGGCAAUUUUGCGAGCGCUUACUAUUUCUUCAAUUAUUAUCUUCAUAUUUAUUCCGUGACCUCGAAGAUGCAAAGACGACUGAGAUUUGAUACCCAGUGAUGUUAAACGGAGAAUUAUCGGCGUUUGUGUAUAAAUUAUAUGUUAUCCGUGUGUAUAGGGCAUAGAAUAUACAUCCUAAUGCGCGCGCGCGCACAAACGUUAACGUACUGUCAUCCGAUUUGACGCUAGAUCGUAUCCGGCGAAGGACGAUUGCGAUAUUAAUGCUCACUUUGAAUCGAAGUAGCAAACAUUAGCGUGUGAUUAUAAGAAAUAAAAAAACGUAGAUCUGAAGCAUCCGCAGCGUGCGAACGGAGAUUGUACUAUACUUUUUAUAAUUUUGUAUUAAUGAAACAAAUGUGUGUGGAAAUAUGUAUUCUGUUUGUUGAAAGAAAAUAACAAAAGAAGACUGGAGUUAUUAUACAUGAAACGACAUUGUCCGGUGGUUUAUGGUUCACACGUCCGUUAACUGGACGAACAAUGAUGGAACGUUGCGCGAAACAGUGACUACUGAGUUGAAUAGACUUGUACGACUGACGAACCUCCGAAUCGAAAUUUCUUAUCGAUUGUAAUCCUAAACGCCUCGAAGGUUUGCCACGAAAACUUAUAGGAGAGCUAAGUUAAUUUAUGUGGAGUAAACUUCAGCGAAGAAUUAUACACAUUUAAGACCUUUAUAUAUUCAGUCAAAUAUAAUAUACAAUUCAUGUUUUUCGUA